AUGCACCAGUCUUCACGUGAGGAAACCAUGCUGGACUUACAAUUUGUACCUGUGAUAGGCUGUGAAUCCUGGUUAAGCAGUAACAUCAAGGACAGUGAGGUCUUCCCAGAGGGGUUUACUGUGUUUAGGAAGGAUAGGAACCACCAAGGAGGAGGAGUAUUUAUUUGUAUUAAAGACUGCUUCUCAGUAUCAGAAAUUCCUGAUCCUGACUGUAAUAGUGAACUUUUAUGGGUGGAGGUGCAACUCAAAGGUGCUAAGAAGGUGAGGAUAGGCUCAUACUAUAGACCACCUGCUACAGGCGAGGACUACAUCAGGGGCUUAGAAUCAUCAAUCAACAAAAUCACCAACUCAUCCUAUAAACAUCUGCUGCUAGCAGGAGACUUCAACCUACCACAUAUAAAUUGGAACUCAUCUUCAGUCACACCAGGAGCGACACAAUCAGCUGUCCAUAACAUCUUCCUGGACACACUGGACACAUUCUCCCUGACCAACGUCCAGAAACAGCCUAGUAGGAACGGAAAUGUCCUAGACCUCUACAUCACCAGCAACCCUUCUCUUGUCAAACAUGUACAGACAAUCCCCGGUAUAUCAGACCAUGAUAUGGUAACGAUAGACGAGGACAUCAAACCUGUGUACCACAAGAAGAUGCCGCGUAAAGUACUGAUGUACAAGAAUGUUGACUGGAAGGCUGUUAAGGAGGAUGCGACCAACCUCAGUGACAAAAUCACUAAUUCUAGUGACUCGGUUGAGGAAAACUGGACGGAAUUCAAAAACGGCUUAAAUUCCAUCAUUGACGAGCGCAUUCCAUCCAAAUUGACCUCCACGAAACCAAAUCAGCUACCAUGGGUUGGCAGACCAGAACGCCGCCUCAUAAAGAGGAAACAUCGCCUCUACAACAAGGCUAGGAAAAGUGGAAAGGAUGCUGACUGGCGUGCGUACAGAGUCCACAAAAGGGAAACCCAAAAGGCUCUCCGAACUGCAGAAUGGUCCCACUUAGAGCGUACAUUGCAGGCAGGAAUUGAGCAGAAAAACAACAAACCCUUCUGGCGAUACAUCAAGGCCAGGAAGCAGGACAACAUCGGAAUUGCUCCACUAAAAGAGGGUAACAAACUACUCACCGACAGUACAGACAAGGCGGAGGCCCUAAACCGACAGUUUCGGUCGGUGUUCACAAAGGAGCCCCCCGAUCCGGAUCUCCCACCUCUCACCACAUCCAAGUAUCCCAUCAUGAGGAACCUCAUUAUAGAUGAGAAGGGAGUUGAGAAGUUGAUCCGUGAAAUCAAAGUCAGUAAGGCUAGCGGUCCAGACAACCUAGCAAAUCGUGUCCUUCAACAGUGCUCAAACGAACUUGCCCCUGCAAUGACCCAUAUAUCCAAACAAUCAAUCCUGACCGGUGAACUCCCUGAUGACUGGAGGAAUGCCAACAUCACACCAAUCUUUAAGAAGGGUAAUCGCCAUUAA